UCAGCGGCGUCCAAUAAGCUUCGAGUCUGAGGGCAUUAAUUGAUGAAGGUGUCUCCUGGCUCGCGCACUUCCCCUCUGUCAUUUUAUUUGUGGCUAACCCCGCAGCCGGGAUAGCAGCUGCAUUUUGGCUCUUAUUCUCUCUCCCUCCCUCCCCUCUCUCUCUCCCUCCCACUCCAUGUAGCUAGCUCUCUCCCUACCCCUCUCUCUCUCCUCUUUUUUAUCCUCUCGUUGGGGCAGUGGUGUGCACCUUCCUACCGUGCUGUCGGCCAGAGGGAGUGAGCCGGAGAGGAGGAAAGGCAGGUAGGGGAUAGCGUGCCCGGCGACACAACCCCUCGCAUUCCUCCAUCAUGCUUGGUUCGGGGCAGGGCCCGGGGACUGAUGCUCUGAACAUAUUCGACACCACUCCAUUUAACUCCGCAUCUCAAAGUUUGCCUGUCCAUGACGCACAGUGGAGGUACUAGGACGCGUCAACAGCGGCCGGCGCGUCAGAAUGCCUUGAGCCCAGAAGAACAGGGAGUUUAUUCCUUUUCUCUUUUUGUGGCCGCAUGAGGACAAUUGGCCGAGCUGAAUGCUGGGAUUAUUACAAUAGACAGGGAAACGCAACAUGGGAGACCUGGAGUGUGGGUUUGAGGAGAUGCAGGGAGUGAGGCUGGGAUACCUGCUGAUAAAAGGAAAACAAAUGUUCGCCCUCUCCCAGGUCUUCACCGACCUCCUAAAAAAUAUUCCCCGGACCACCGUGCACAAACGCAUGGACCACCUGAACGUUAAAAAACACCAGUGUGAUUUGGAGGAGUUGAGAAAGCUCAAAGCAAUACACUCUAUUGCUUUCCACGCGGCUAAAUGUACUCUGAUAUCACGGGAGGACGUGGAGUCGCUUUAUUUCUCAUGUAAAACAGAGCGUGUGCUAAAAUCCAACAAAAGAAAAGCAAGGAAGGCAAGUCUAGAGGAGGAUGUUGGCGAGGGCAAGCUCCAUGCGGACACGCACCCGGCUGGGUUAUGGAAGGAGAAAGUUUGGUUAAGUUUGCACAGCGUUCCACAGGCUCUGUCUCUCAAAAACAAACCCGGCAAAAGAGAGCAACCAACCUCACAGCCCGACUCUACUCUACCUCAAAUUUACAAAAAAAACCUAGGUCAGAGGUACUCUUCUGUCACCAAGUCGGCAUCUAAACCCUUUAAAAACUAUGAAACAGCUCAAAUACCGGGCAAGUGCGUCGCGUUCACCCAGAGACAAUCGUUUUUUCGGAGCGUGGUUAGCCGGCAGCCGGUGUUGUUUCAAUCCGCCAUUACUGCUCAGUCCAGGCUCUCUGCAGCCGGCGACCUACUUCACAAAAGGAAGAGGAGGCGCGAGGGGGGCGGCAGCGGCAGGGAUAGGGACAGCAGCGCAAGGCGGUCGUGGAGCAGACACACACUCUCACACACUCUCUCACACACACACCACCCGGUGCUCCUCGUACAGCCGAAGUGCUGCAGCAAGCCAAAAACAAACCGCAACCAGAACGGGACAACUCACGGCGAAUUUCACGUUGGUCAUGGGUUUUACCUCGACCACCGAGCUCACCAUCAUCCUCAGCCGCAGCAACAUGUGGGGGUUUUUCCAGAGACCUACAGCAGUGACACUGAGUCCAGUUGCUACUCGGAGCGGCUCCACAACGACUCAGAUUUUGGCUCCAGUUUAUCCACCAGCAGCAACUCUGGGACCUCUGACGAGGAAGAGGACGAAGAGGAGAGCUCUGAGGUCAGUUCUGACGAGGAGAGUUCAUCUCAGUCUGACACCAGCUCUGUAUCCAGCCAGGUAUCUGUCCAGUCUAUCCGUUUUAGGAGGGCUCUGUUCUCCUCUCUCAACACCCCCAAAAAUAUCACCACUAGAACAAAUGCUAAAACUCUCCCCAGUGCUGUCUCCAGCACUAGAACUCAGUCGAACUCAAGAACACUAUCAAACAAUAGAACUCUUCCUCACACCAAAGCACCUUUACUACUACAGCCUACCUUUCACUACAGCCACCAGCACCACACUUCUAAGUCGAUGGUCCAGGGUGUAACCUGCCAGGUGGACUGUGUAAGUCCAAGGAAACAACAGAAAUAUGACGUUGCAGCCAGGGAGGCCAAGCAGAACGCACACACACCCAAUUCGCCUGUCGUCUGGGGGAGCUUUUUCGUGGAGAAAAGAGACAAGAGUGUUCCCGAGACACAGAUCCAGACCCAAAGAGAGGCAAAGAGAGCCGAGUCUGUGACUAGAACAGUUCGUGCGCUGAGCCCCUCACCUAACCGCAACGGAAACAAAGCGGUUUCUCAACACAGGACACCCGGGCACGCAAACAAAUGCCCCUCAGCCUUGAGCUCACACUGCGCCCAUGACAAAGACACAAAGCACCCCAAGCCUAUAGACAACAACCAGCUUUCAUUAGCUUCAAAUCUAAAGAGAGAAGUGAGAAUCAGCCCCUGCCUGAAACUGCCCUCUCCGCUCAAAACUAUUAAGACAGAGCCCGAGGAGCGCUCAAUAGCUGCGGGUCUCAUUCCUGACAGCGGCAGGCCGGUCAAAACUCACCCCUUCAACCUACAGAAUGUAAAAAUUAAAGUGGAGGAGAGCUAUGAUGAAUUCGAAUACUACAGCCAGCCCUCUGGGUUCCACUGCAAAGAAGACGAGGCUGUUAUCAACAAUGGCCAAUACUCUGGCGGCGACAUCAAACAAGUUGCUGGCUGUUUCAACAAGACCAAAGCCAUUGAAAGUUCUGCUAGGGUUCCUAAGUCCUCCACCGGCUUGCAGGAAUGCGGGAGCACUCAGGACACCCGGAGUACAGAAGAGGGGGAGUACAAAAACGGAGCUAAGGUCAGGAAAAACGACAAGACUCUGGUGCUGGGGAAGAAGUCUGGAAUUUCGAGGGCGCAGCCGAAACAGAACGUGCCCAAAGUUGACAGGACUUUAUCUUCUCGUCCCACUGGUAAAGCCGAGAUUUUUGAGGGAAAUAUUGAGGAUCUAUCAGGGGCAAGUAAACGAAAACGAGCGCCUAGCAAUGUAACAGCCUCUCUGAAGAGGCCUUUCAGCUUCAUUGCGAAUUUCCCCGCUCCUCCGUCCUUGGUUGUGGGAAGCGACGGGGAUUUAAGCCCUGCUUACUCUCUGAACUCUCUGGGGGGACCCCGGCCUCCCCCUUGCUCUCACCCGGUGUGGCGGUGGCAGCCUGGCGGUGUGCCUGUCCCUCCCCCACCCGCUCAGAGAAUCAGGAAAUGUUAACGCGUUUUCUUUGACAAAAACAAAAGCGGAAAAACCCUGGAUGGAAACCUACCUUGACUACACUUAAAGUGAAUGGGAGGCACCAAUGACUUGCGUCCUUUACAUUGUUUUUUGCAUUUUUACCUUCAAUUGAUGAUGUGGAUUUAUAACUUUCCUUGUUGUUGUGGAAAUAUAUAGAUCAGUGAUAUACUGUGCUAUUUCCCAUAACGCGCGGACUGUCCAUGAGCUGGGCAGUCCCUCCUGGUGAAUCUAUUCUGACAAACUAACUCUAAAUAAGCUGUUCACUACAAGCAAUAGUCCACGCGGUUUGGCGAAGUUUGCUAAAUUGACUUCGUCUGGGAUCUAUUGUUUUUUCUUCGCCUUGAAUCUCGACCUGUUGGAUUGUGAAGUAAACAUUUACUUGUGCCGUGGCCAGAUCUGCUGCCUUUGUGGUGAGAGAAAAAGAGGGGGAGAUUCCCUCUGAUAAAAAAAAAAGAUCACAGCACUCCUAUUUGGUUUUCACUGCAUUUUUUUCUAACGUCAGCUGUAACUUGGGUUAAGUUGGGAUCAAUGGACAGAUUCAGGGGUUUCCUUUGGUAACUUGGUUGGAACUGUUGUCUUGUCAACCGUAUAAUUAUAGUUGUGGUUGUUGUUGUUUCCUAUACGAUUUGGAAAACUUAAACAAACCCUAAUUUAUCGUUUAAUUGUAUGCUUCACAGAGUUUGGGUCGAUGUAUCUAAUUCAGAGUUUAGAAAAAUAAUUUGAUUUAAAAUGCAAAUUAAUAGCCCACAGUAGACUAAGGACGAAAUAAUAGUAAACAUUGGACCGGAAAUAUUGAAAUGUGAGAUCAAGUAAAAAUAGUAAAAAGAAAGAAUGAUGAUAAUGAUACUGUUGGUCUAAAUUAUCUGCGAGGGAAUUUACACUUACUCUAACCUGGUUGGUGCUUGUGGUAUUUCUGAGAGGUUACGAUUUGGUUUCAUUCUUGUUUGUAUUUCUGAGGGUAUUUCCUGGAAAAGGAUAUGUUUGGCUUAUGUUUGACUGUAGUCAGAUAGCCACCAGCGCCCAUUUCGGCCACAACACACCACAGGCCUUACGUACUGACUAUCUCAAGGCUACCCAGACCUGACACAGAUCACACCUUUUCGUGAAAAAUCACACGUCCUGGGAAGCCUUGAACCUUUUUUUGUGAUUUUGGUUUUUGGUGGGUAAUUUUCCUAUUAGGCCUCUACGGUUAUCUGUUAUUUGAAACAUAUGUAAUGUACAUGAAAAAAAAUAUAUGAGAAAAACUGUGAAAAUUACACUCCUCUCCGAGACUUUUGCGUAAUAAGCUUCCAGUUUUGGAUUUGCUUCACAGAAACACACCAAAGUGACGUCUUACAACACACCUACGUAAAGCGGAGGAAAACGUGGAAGCACAAAUGAUAGGCCUACAUGCUUUGCACUUUGACACACUCAUCUUGAGUAUCGUACCUUCGCCUACAAAAUGAAAGCGGUUGUGUGUGUGAUAGAGAGAUUUUUAAGAAGAAAAUAAAUGCAAGAUAAAAUAUCUACUAAAAGCUAACGUCCAGAUACAUAUUUCACUUAAAAUGUCUCCAUUUGUAGUUGUUAUAUUGUGGCCUGUCAAAAGGAGAUAAGAUAAUUUUUUAAUUAAUUGUACCCACGUAUCAGCAAGAAUGAAUAAAAUGCCUUGCACAGCACGUUACUGGGAAAUAUUAGCUCGGUUGGUAUGCGCAAUUAUCUGUUUACGUUAUGCUGCGAAUCCCGCCACGCUGUACUGACCAGGAAAAAUAUCCAGCCAGUCAAAAUGACUUACAUAUCGUGUACUGUCUAUGACCAUACGAACAGGCCCUACCUGCAUCCAGUCACAAAUGUGGUCGACGGAGGCCCGAACACAAAGCUGAUCGUGUCCCUUUGUUGGGAUAGCAUUGCAACUCUACAAUGAUUCGCGUUUUACACAAAAGAAUGUCCCGAUUUCAGCAGAUGGCCUAUACGCAGACUUUUGUCAUGUAACAAGUGACAGAAAAUAUUUUUAAAUGUUACCACGUUGCAUAACAUUAAUUUAGCCUUUACAUAAGGACGCGCGAUGAAUGUAGUAUGUCAACGCUUUUGUAUGGAACAUUAUGUUUAAAAAACUGAUGUUGAUCAUUCAAAACUUAUAGUAGGCCAAAAGUAAUUUGUUAAUUGAAUUGAUAACGAGUCACCUAAAUAUCUUUUCACCGACGUUAAAUGCUGAUUUUGCGAAGUUAAGUUGAACAGAUUCGUGUCUCGUGAUUUCAGGUUUCUCACAAUAUUAGCAGCAUGGCAGAAGCGAAACUCCAUAUCUGAUUGUUUUUUGUAAUUGAGAGCAAACGUGGCCUCAUAUAGCUCUCAUUAGUUUUGGGGCUGAGAUGGAUGUGUCUGAAAUGCAGCUAUACCACCCGGAGUCUGUAUAACCUCCCAGCCUCCUGUAGGUCGCACUCUUAUGCUAUGAGACGUGUACUCAAAACACAGCCAUUUUAUCCUCCACUUUAAAAUGACGUGAUCUCUCCAACCUAGAGGGAGUUAGUCCAACCUAGAGGGAGUUAGGGGGAAGGAAGGGAGGGGAAUUCAUAUGUUGCACGAGGGAAGCCUUCACCCCGUAAUCCCCGUGUCAAAGUGUAUUGGGCCAGAGAAGGAAUAUACAGCGCGGAGUUCAGAAAGGAUACACACACACACACACACACACACGCGCGCACGUUUCCCAAUAGGUUCUCGUCUAUUCUCACGCCGAUCACAGCAAGCAUCACCCAGGCAAGAAGAUGGUGGUCGAGGCGUUUAAGGGGGGAACGGCCAGGCAAAGACCAAUAGAGCUCUGACAGUGACGCUAUUCACGUAAACAAUUUCGUGAUGUCGCGGCUCCAAGGAUGGAGUCCUCCCUCUGUUUCUCGGUCCCUCUCUCUCUCCACACCAUCAGUAGCUUUUUGAUACACUUGAGGUCAGGUUUUUUUUUUACAUGAAAUUGAAAGUCACUGGUUGUUUAUAUAAAUACUGAAUAUUUAUUUUUGUGAAUAACUUGUUUUUUUGUAUAUCAUUGUUGUGUAGUAUAAUGCACUCGAAAUGAAAAACUUGAAUGGUGGAUUUCUGAAGCACUUUCCCUUUCUUCUGAGUUAUGAAGUAUUCAUUAAAGACGUCUGAGUGUGGGUUACAGUG